CGCCCGUGCGUCUCUGUCGCACGCUGAGCACCUGAGCGGCGCUUCGCGCUCUACCUUUGGGUGUCCAGUGGCUGUAGCCCCUCCAGCCUAGCGCGCUCUCUGAGAGCUCGGAAGCCGCAGACCGAGGCUUCUGGGGGCCAGCGGCGCGAGGCCGCGUAGGCGAGGGUCCUCCGUGCGGCGCAGGGAUUAAUGCUUCAUCCAGGGAGAUUUGUACUUUUCUCCCGGGAAUUGCUUUAUCAUGAGAAAUCUAAAGCUACUUCAGACUCUGGAGUUCAAGGAUAUUCAAGCUCCAGGGAAACCUCAGUGCUUCUCUCUGCGAACUGAACCGGGGACAGUGCUCAUUGGCUCAGAACAUGGCCUGAUAGAAGUAGACCCUGUUACGAGGGAGGUGAAAAAUGAAAUUCCUUUGGUGGCAGAAGGCUUUCUCCCAGAAGAUAAAAGUGGCUGCAUUGUUGGUAUUCAGGACUUGUUGGAUCAGGAGUCUGUGUGCAUUGCCACAGCCUCUGGAGAUGUCAUUCUCUGCAAUCUCAGCACACACCAGCUGGAGUGUGUUGGGAGUGUUGCCAGUGGUAUCUCUGUCAUGAGCUGGAGUCCUGACCAAGAGCUGGUGCUUCUUGCUACAGGUCAACAAACCCUGAUUAUGAUGACGAAAGAUUUUGAGCCAAUUAUGGAGCAGCAGAUCCACCAGGAUGAUUUUGGUGAAAGUAAGUUUAUCACUGUUGGAUGGGGCAAGAAGGAGACACAGUUCCAUGGAUCAGAAGGCAGGCAAGCAGCCUUUCAGAUACAAACGCAUGAGUCUGCUCUGCCCUGGGAUGACCACAGACCACGAGUUACCUGGCGUGGGGAUGGACAGUUUUUUGCUGUGAGUGUCGUUUGUCCAGAAACAGGAGCUCGCAAGGUCAGAGUUUGGAACCGAGAGUUUGCUUUGCAGUCAACCAGUGAGCCUGUGCCAGGAUUGGGACCAGCCCUGGCUUGGAAACCCUCAGGCAGUUUGAUCGCAUCUACACAAAAUAAACCAAACCAACAGGAUGUUGUGUUUUUUGAGAAGAAUGGACUUCUUCAUGGACAGUUUACACUUCCUUUCCUCAAAGAUGAAGUUAAGGUAAAUGACUUGCUGUGGAAUGCAGAUUCCUCUGUGCUUGCUGUUUGGCUGGAAGAUCUUCAGAGGGAAGAAGAUUCCAUUCUGAAAACCUAUGUUCAACUCUGGACUGUUGGAAAUUAUCACUGGUAUCUCAAGCAGUGUCUGCCCUUCAGCACCUAUGGGAAGAGCAAGAUUGUAUCUCUGAUGUGGGACCCAGUGAUUCCAUACAGGCUGCAUGUCCUCUGUCAGGGCUGGCAUUACCUCUGCUAUGACUGGCACUGGACGACUGACAGGAGCUCAGGAGAUAAUGAGAGUGACUUGGCAAAUGUGGCUGUCAUUGAUGGAAACAGGAUAUUGGUGACAGUCUUUCAGCAGACUGUGGUUCCGCCUCCCAUGUGCACAUACCGACUGCUGCUCCCACACCCUGUGAACGAAGUCACAUUCUGUGCACUCCCUAAAAAGAGUAAUGACCUUGCUGUCCUAGAUGCCAGUAACCAGAUUUCUGUUUAUAAAUGUGGUGAUAGUCCAAGUAUGGACCCCACAGUGAAACUGGGAGCUGUGGGUGGAAAUGGAUUUAAAGUCUCCCUUAGAACACCUCAUCUGGAAAAGAGAUACAAAAUUCAGUUUGAGAAUAAUGAAGAUCAAGAAACAAACCCACUGAAGGUCAGCCUUCUCACCUGGAUUGAAGAAGACAUUUUCCUGGCCAUCUGCCACAGUCAGUGCAGCCCCCAACAGUCUGUCAUUCACCGCUUGACUGUGGCCCCUUGCGAGAUGGACGAGGAGCAAGGGCAGCUCAGUGUCAGUUCAUCCGUAUCAGUGGAUGGGAUCAUAAUCAGUAUGUGUUGCAAUUCCAAAACCAAAUCGGUAGCAUUACAGCUGGCUGAUGGCCAGAUACUUAAGUACCUUUGGGAGUCACCUUCUGUGGCUGUUGAGCCGUGGAAGAACCCUGGCGGAUUUCCCAUUCAAUUUCCUUAUCCAUGCAUACAGACUGAACUGGCCAUGAUUGGAGGAGAGGAAUGUGUCCUUGGUCUGACUGACAGAUGUCGCUUUUUCAUCAAUGACACUGAGGUUGCAUCAAAUAUCACAUCAUUUGCAGUUUACGAUGAGUUUUUAUUGCUGACGACCCAUUCCCACACCUGCCAGUGUUAUUGCCUGAAGGAUGCCUCAAUUAAAACAUUACAGGCAGGUCUGAGCAGCAGUCACGUGUCUAAUGGGGAGAUUCUGCGAAAGGUGGAGAGGGGUUCACGGAUUGUCACUGUUGUGCCCCGGGACACAAAGCUUAUAUUACAGAUGCCAAGGGGGAACCUAGAAGUUGUUCAUCAUCGAGCCCUGGUUUUAGCUCAAAUUCGCAAGUGGUUGGACAAAAUUAUGUUUAAAGAAGCAUUUGAAUGUAUGAGAAAACUAAGAAUUAAUCUCAAUCUGAUUCAUGAUCAUAACCCUGAGGUAUUUCUUCAAAAUGUGGAAACUUUCAUAAGGCAGAUAGAUUGUGUAAAUCAUAUUAAUUUGUUUUUCACAGAAUUGAAGGAAGAAGAUGUCACAAAGACCAUGUACCCUCCACCAGUUCCCAGCGGUGUCCAGCAGUCCAGGGAUCCUGGUGGGACAAAGCUCGACCUUAUCUGUGAUGCUCUGAGGGUAGCCAUGGAGAAUAUAAAUCCUCACAAGUACUGCCUGCCAAUACUCACAUCUCACGUGAAGAAAACAACUCCAGAAUUGGAGAUAGUGCUGCAGAAGGUACACGAGCUUCAAGGGAAUGCUCCAUCUGACCCUGAUGCUGUGAGUGCUGAAGAGGCCCUGAAAUAUUUGCUGCUUUUGGUAGAUGUUAAUGAAUUAUAUGAUCAUUCUCUUGGGACCUAUGACUUUGACUUGGUCCUCAUGGUAGCUGAGAAAUCACAGAAGGAUCCCAAAGAAUAUCUUCCAUUUCUUAAUACACUUAAGAAAAUGGAAACUAAUUAUCAGCGGUUCACUAUAGACAAAUACUUGAAACGAUAUGAAAAAGCCAUUGGCCACCUCAGCAAAUGUGGUCCUGAAUACUUCUCAGAAUGCUUGAACUUAAUAAAAGAUAAAAACUUGUAUAACGAGGCUCUGAAGUUAUAUCCACCAACCUCACAGGAGUACAAGGACAUCAGCCUUGCUUAUGGAGAACACCUGAUGCAGGAGCACCAGUAUGAACCAGCGGGACUGGUGUUUGCUCGCUGUGGGGCCCAUGAGAAAGCUCUCUCGGCCUUUCUGACUUGUGGCAGCUGGCAGCAAACCCUCUGCAUGGCAGCCCAACUUAACAUGACUGAAGAGCAGCUGGCUGGCCUGGGCAGAACUCUGGCAGGAAAGCUAGCUGAGCAGAGGAAGCACAGUGACGCAGCCAUUGUUCUGGAACAGUACACCCGGGAUUAUGAAGAAGCUGUUCUCUUGCUGUUAGAAGGAGCUGCCUGGGAAGAGGCACUGAGGCUGGUAUACAAAUACAACAGACUGGAUAUUAUAGAAACCAACAUAAAGCCUUCCAUUUUAGAAGCCUAUAAAAAUUACAUGGCGUUUCUGGAGUCUCAGACAGCCACAUUCAGCCGCCAUAAAGAACGUCUGUUGGUGGUUCGAGAGCUCAAGGAGCAAGCACAGCAGGUGGAUCUGGAUGAUGAGAUGCCCCAUGGUCAAGAGGCAGACCUCUUCUCUGAAACUAGCAGUAUUGUGAGUGGCAGUGAGAUGAGUAGCAAAUACUCCCAUAGCAACUCCAGGAUAUCAGCGAGAUCUUCCAAGAACCGUCGCAAAGCGGAGCGGAAGAAGCACAGCCUCAAAGAAGGGAGUCCGCUGGAGGAUCUGGCCCUCUUGGAGGCUCUGAAUGAGGUGGUCCAGAGCCUUGACAGGCUGAAAGAUGAAGUCUACCGUAUUUUAAAGGUACUCUUUCUCUUUGAGUUUGAUGAGCAAGGAAGGGAGUUACAGAAGACCUUUCAAGACACUCUGCAGUUAGUAGAAAGAUCACUUCCAGAAAUUUGGACUCUGACCUACCAGCAGAAUUCAGCCGUGCCUGUUCUAGGUCCCAGUUCUACUGCAAAUAGUAUCAUGGCCUCUUACCAACAACAGAAGACUUCUGCUCCUGUUCUUGAUGCUGAGCUUUUUGUACCGCCAAAGAUCAACAGAAAAACCCAGUGGAAGCUGAGCCUGCUAGAGUGACUGUGCCCAGCUGGGAGGGUUCUGACAGAGGAGACCAUAGACCAUUCCCUGCCUGUUCCUGGUUGUUCUUCCACCCCUUGUUCCUUGAGGCCUGGCUGUUGAGAAUGAGCAAAUAAUGCCUUGCUGGGAGUGCUGUGUGUGCCACACUUCAGCAGACACCAAGCGAUUCUAUUUUUAUUUUAUUUUCUGUAUGUCUUAAUUAUUAGAAAAACUUUUUAAGCUUUAACUAAUAUAGCAUAUUUUUAAAUGCUAUUACUUAGUGCUGUGUGAGAGCACAUUCCUGGUAAUGGUGACAUUGGGUUCACUCUCAGCUUUAGGUCUGAUUCAUAUUGGACCCUGGACAAGUCACAUAAUUAUUUUGUGCUUCAGUUUUUUGUCUGUUGAUUGGGAAUAACAUUUCAUGGCUUCUACCUCAAGUUUAAAGACAAGUAAAAUAAUGUUUCUAAAUUGUUAUGUUACUGGAAGAGAGCGCUCGAUAUAAAUAUCGUGGUUAUUAGAGCUACUGGUGUUUGGUUAUAGUCAUUUAAAUGAUGUCUCUUCACUGUAACUAAAGCAGAAUAAAAAAAUGAAAUGUAUACUGUGAAAUUCCAAGCCUUCCUAUGCUGACAGCUCUGUUUUUAGCACCUUCUCGGGUCUUGUGCUUCCAGGUGUAAUUGGGCUGAGCCUCCUGUAGUCACACUCUCCACAGGGACCAUUUCAUUGUUUCCAACUAGAGAGUUAGCAGUGUUAAAGCUGGGACAGAUUAGAAUUUCCCAACCAGUGUCAUGUGGCCGGUAGGUAUUGUAUGGCAUACAGGGUUGUGAAUUACUGUUUGUUCUCCAAAUAUUGCUUCCUUUAAAAGAGAAUGUUUUUGUCAGUGUCUAGGUCAUUUCACAUUUUUCUUUGUGGUGCUUAGCUGACCUCUGUUUCAUUCAGUUUCUCAAAAGAACUUUCAGUUAUUUCCUUUGGAAUAAAUGAAAAUGUUUUGUUUUUGGUGAGUCCAGAAAAGGCCCUGUUCAUUUUGACAACAGUUUUGUGGCUAAUCAUUGGGUAAAGUAAAAAAGUUUUCAUGUUUUUAAUACCAAAACUAGACUUUCAUUACUGUACAUAAACAGGAAACACUGCUUUUGAUCCUCAGAGUAUAGAUUUACUCAAGUGUAAUUUAAAAAAAAUUCUCCCUGGGGGCCAGCAUUGUAGUGUAACAAAUUAAGCCACUGCUCGCAACACCAGCAUCUGAUAUGGGCACUAGUUCAUGUCCUGGCUGCUCCACUUCUGAUCCAGCUCCCUGCAAAUGGCCUUGGAAAACAAGCAGAAGAUGGCCUAAGGCUUUUUGGGCCCCUGCCACCCACAUGAGAGACCUGGAUGAAGCUCCGGGCUCCUGGCUUUGGCCUUGCCAAGUGCUGACUGUUGUGGUCAUCUGGAGAGUGAACCCCUCAGUGGAUAGAAGAUCUCUCUCUUUGUCCCUCCCUCUUUCUAACUAACUCUGACUUUCAAAUAAAUAAAUAUUGAAGAAGAAAAUUUUCCCCAGUAUAGCAAGAUGCUUACUGCAGAAUCUAGCAGCAUUUGCCAUAUCAAUCACCUUUUUAAUGUGUUUGAACAUUUUUGCCAAAU